CGAGCUUGCACAGUGUCGUUGCAAUGGCCGCUCGUCUGCACGUGCUGAUCUUGGUUUUGGCCGCCGCGGCAGCCGCUUCGGCCGCCCAGGUGAACAUCCCCGGGCUGGGGUCGGUCGAGGGCACCACCUCAACCACCGCGUGGAGUCAGAGGACCGUGUACGAGUACAGGGGCAUCCCCUACGCGAAACCACCCUCAGGCGUCAACAGGUUCAAGGCUCCUGUGAAAAUGGACGCGUGGAUCGGCGUUCUGGACGCGACGCAGUUCGGACAGGCGUGUCCGCAGCCGUCGUGGUCGCGGCUGGGGCCGCUCGCCUCCUUCAUGACCCCUGACCCCGACGCCCUCUACCAGCAGAGCAGGGCCGCCGCCCUCGCCACAGACCCCGAGGACUGCCUCACCCUCGACGUCUACACCCCAACCACGGAGCCUGGGGCGAAGUUGCCGGUGCUGGUUUACAUCCACGGCGGCUUCUGGUUGUGGGGCUCGUCGGCGGUGAACCGACCUGGCUACCUUUUGCAGCACGACCUGAUCCUGGUGUCCAUCCAGUACCGCCUCGGCCCGCUCGGCUUCACGUACUUGGACGACGCGGAGGCGCCGGGCAACGCGGGUCUGAUGGACCAGGUGAUGGCGCUCGAGUGGGUCAGGGACAACAUCGCGGCGUUCGGCGGCGACCCUGCCAAGGUCACCGUGGGCGGCUUCAGCGCCGGCGCGGCCAGCGCCAGUCUGCUCAUGCUCAGCCCGGCGGCCGACGGCCUCUUUCACAGGGUGGUCAGCCAGAGUGGCUCGGCCCUCGGCCUCUGGGCCGUCGACGAGACCGUCGGCGUCAAGGACAGCGAGGCCGUGGCCGCCCUCGCGGGCUGCGCGGCCGCCGCCCCGGCCCAGGUGGCCGAGUGUCUCCGCGCCAAGAGCCCCGACGCCCUCAUCCUCGCCUACCUCCAGUACGCGGCGGAACAACGAAAGAACGGGCAGAUGGGCACCGGUGGCGCGAUGCCCGUGAUCCAGAACCCCGCGGGCGAGUACCCCAAGGUGCUGGUCGAAAGCCCCAGGGUCACCCUGGCCAACGACACGUACGAGGCGCGGCCGCUGCUCGCCGGCGUCAACAAGCACGAGGGCAUCUUCGUGCUCGACUACGCGUACGAGACGUUCCUGGUGCCGAACGGCCUUCUGGAGGACGAGGACUUCCUCAAGAACCAAUUCGUCACCGUCAUCCUCAACGCCUACCACGUGAAGGAAAACUCGCAGACGUUUGUGGACGCGGUGACGCGGCGCUACUUGAACCAGGCCGACCUUGGUGACUUCACCAAGAUGACCGAAGGCCUCGUCGACAUGCUGGGCUCCGAGUUCAUCAAGAGCCCCUGGUACCGGCAGGCGGACCUGCUCUCCCUGAGGGGCGUCGACGUGUUUCUGUACGCGUGGGACUUUUACGGCACCUUCUCCCUGCUGCAGACCUCCAACGUGUCCGUCCCCGUCGUCGGAGGAAUCACGCACGGCGACGACACGAUCUACUUGUUCCCCAAAUCCGAGUUCCAGCUGAGCACCUACGAGACGGACAUCGCCAAACGAUUCGUCGCCGCCUACACCAACUUCAUCAUCAACGGUGAUCCGACGCCGAGCGGUGCCGCGUCGAGAGAAGCGCCGGCGCUGCCCAAGUGGGAAACGUUCACGCGCGACGCGAGCAACUUCAUGAGUUUCCGUCACGAGGCCACCCUGAAGAAGGACUUCAGGAAAACGUUCACGGUGGCGCGCGACGAGCAGAUCCGGGGCGCCGCCGCCGCCACCCUCGCCUCGCCGCUCCUCCUCGCCGCCCUCGCCCUCCUCUACACCCUCCUCCAAUAAAACAGUUUUAUCGUUGGAUCAAAUUUAUAUAUAUGAAUAAAUUUUAAAAUAAAUAAACCAUU